GAUCACUGAGGGCUCGUGCGUGACGUCACAGCACAGACGGAGCUCCAUCUUCUUCAUCCUUUCUCACCUCCAUCAUCGUCACCAUCAUGUCCGGCACCAAGGAGGAGGACCGCAAAGGCUCGAGCGAGUGGCGGGAUAGCUUCUGGAACCCGCGAACCCACGAGCUGCUGGGCCGAACCGCCAAGAGCUGGGGCCUGAUCCUGCUCUUCUACCUGAUCUUCUACCUGUUUCUGGCGGGAAUGUUCACGCUCACCAUGUACAUGCUGCUGCUGACGCUGGACGACUACAAGCCCACCUGGCAGGACCGCCUGACCACUCCAGGCAUGAUGAUUCGUCCAAAGGGCGAUCAGCUGGAGAUUGUUUACUCCAUUUCGGACAAGGAGAGCUGGGACAGCUUUGUCCAAAACCUCAACACCUUCCUGUCCCCAUACAAUGACACCUACCAGGUUCAGACCAACGACAACUGUCCUCCAGAUCAAUACUUCAUUCAGGAGGACAGUGAAGAGGUCAGGAACAAUCCCAAACGUUCCUGUCAGUUUAAUCGGACCAUUCUGGAGGACUGUUCUGGGAUGUCCGAUAGCUCCUAUGGUUUCAACAGUGGUCAGCCCUGCAUCCUCAUCAAAUUGAACCGGGUGAUCAAUAUGUUACCAGGGAAGGACGGUCAAUCUCCUUAUGUCACCUGUGGAGCCAAGAGGGAGGACAGCGAUAAAAUCGGACCUCUUGCUUAUUUUCCUCCUAAUGGGACCUUUAACCUCAUGUACUACCCGUACUAUGGCAAGAAAUCUCAGGUGAACUACACUCAGCCGCUGGUGGCGGUGAAGUUCCUGAAUGCCUCUCUGAAUACGGACAUCAACGUCGAGUGUAAAAUUAACUCCAACACGCUCGCCGUCGGCAGCGAGAGGGACAAGUUCGCCGGACGGGUUUCCUUUAAGCUACGGAUCAACGACAAAUAGAUAGACACACACACACACACACGCACACGCACCCGCACACAGAAACAAACACACAUUAAAGCUGCACUCGUCCUCGUCUUUAAUCCGGCACCACGGUGCGUUCACUGACACUCACUCUGCCCCUGUAGCCGUUCUGUAACUUUCUGUCAUGUCAUCCUCGGUCUCAGUGCAGCUUUAACCCAAACACACCAACAUCCUGGAACCGACCAAUCAGCACGCACACACGCUGUGAUGUCACUGCCAAUGAGGUUGGACUGAGGAACAACAGACGAUCAAUAUCAUCAAUGUGCAUGAAUCGAAAAGAAAGAUAGAUAUUGAUCACACAACUGUUUACUGAUCAAUCAGUCGUUUUAUUUAUUCUUAUUUAAUAUUUGUUUGUUUGUUUUUUUUUUACUAUUUUAUGGACCACUUCAGAAAACAUAGACUAUUUUGAACUAGUUCAGAAAAUACACACCACAUCAACCUAGUUCAGAAAA